AUGGCACAAGAACUCAUUGUAUAUAACAACUUUAAAGAAUUUUAUCCAUACUAUUUAAAGGAACACACUAACAGAACUAACAGAAGAUUACACUUUGUUGGUACCACCUUAGGUUUCUUAACUAUUGUUUAUGCUUUAUUAACUGGACAAUACAGAUAUUUAUUAUUAGCUUUGGUUUUUGGUUAUAGUUUUGCUUGGGCUGGUCAUUUCUUUAUUGAAAAAAAUAAACCAGCAACUUUCAAAUAUCCAAUUUGGUCUUUCAGAGGAGAUAUGAAAAUGUAUUCUUCAAUUUUAAGUGGAAAAAUUAAGUUUUAA